AUGUGUGAUAACACUCUUCCGUCAAUGUUAUUUAAUGGCUUGAAAUCGACUUUGAGUUUGAUGAGUAGUGAGUCUGAGUCAUCUUUUGGAUUACCAAUGGACACAAUACGAGUGACCGGGAUUGCUGUACAUGUUGCCUUGAUUUGGUGGCUAUUGUUGUCAUUGAGAGGAGAAGCCAUCAAAAUGCAAGGCCAAAAUGAAGAAAAAUCAGAAGGAGGAGUUACUAAUAUACAAGAAGAAGAAAUUACUUAUGUAAGAAAAAGGAAAGUUGAAAACGUUGAAGCGGAAGUAAUUGAUAGAUCGGAAUUUGAGAAGCAUAUUGAAAGUAAAAGUAUUGCUAUAAGACAUAGAAAACUUCCAACAAGGCUUCAACCACCUCGAAAAUUGCAAAAAAAGAAAGGAAGAGAAAAAGAUCAAGAAGAAGGAAAAGAUCAAAAAGAAGAAGAGGGUAAUAAUGUAGAGGAUGAUGACAAGAAUAAUGAUAGUAAAGAUGAUGGUGAGGAUGAUAAUAAGGGUGAUGUAAAGAUGAAAGAGAAAGAUGAAAAAGAGGAGAUGGAAGAUGAUAGUGAGGAGGAACAAAAAAUCAAUAAAAAAAAUCAAACUCAGAAGAAGAAAAGAAAGAUUGAAAAAGAAGAAGAUGGUGAGGAUGUCCAAGUAGUAGAAGCUAAUGAGCAAGAUAAACUAGUUAAGAGGCAACCUUAUCAAAGAGUACCUCCUGCUCAAUUCAUGAAGGAUGUGUUGAUAAAUCUUUCGGAAAAACAAAAGCAAGCUAUUCGGAACAUUGGUUUUGGAGGCUUUUUGGAAUUGGAUUUACCAAUCCAUAUUAAUUCUACGUUGACAGAAAACUUGGUUACGAAUUUUGACACGGAGAGAUGUUGUUUGAUGUUACCAAAGACAAAACAAGAAAUCUUUUUGGAGGCAAUUGAUGUUCAUUUGGCUUAUGGGUUGCCAUUGGGAGGCAAAAGGAUUGAGCAACCAAAUGAUGAGUCAAAUCUGAAAUGGAGCAAGUUUCUAAAAGCUUGGAGAAGCAAGUUUGGCCUCAAAAAAGGAAGUCCAACCAACAAGAGAUUGAUUGACAGAAUUCAAGAAUUGAAGAAGGAAAAAUCAGUUUCUGAUGAAUUUCUUUGGAACUUUGUGGUAUGUGUUGUCAAUUGUUGCAUUCGAUCAACAAACAACCCACAACUAUACAUUAAAUUCUUGUAUAGUUGUAUGGAUGUAAAAAAAAUUGCUGAAUUGGAUUGGUGCACAUUUGUGAUUGAGCACUUGAAAGAUUCUGUAAGUGUAUGGAAGAAGGGAAAUUCUUACUUUACAGGUCCUUUACCUUUUCUAAUGGUAUUCUAUUUUGAUCGUCUACAAAGAGGAGGGUUAGAAAAACCAAGAAAAUGUCCACUAAUUUCGGUGUGGACAAAGGAAAGGAUUCAAGUGAGAUAUAAGUUUGAAAAAGAUCAUGGAUUUGGAUAUGGAAAACUCUUGGAAAGAAUGGAAUCAAUUGUGGGCUUUUUGAGCAAAUUUGGAGAUUUGGCAAAAACACUUGCCUCGAAUGUUAAAGAGAUGUAUGGCAUGUUAGAACAAGCAAAAGAUCUUUUUGUUGAGGAAGAAACAACAGGAAAAAUGCAACAUCUCAUAGACAACAUAUGGUGCAAGUACACAACAAAGACAUUCGUGAACCAAGAAGAAAAGAAAAGCCCUUCUAUACUCAGCCAAGAUCAACAUGUCUUCGAUGAACCGGCAUUUAUUGAAGAAUUGGAUAUGGUUAUGGAUAAGGCAUGGAAGAAAUUCGAGGAAACAAGGUCACCAAAGUCACCGACAGUUGAUUUGGGAUCAAAAGAAGAAGAAAAAGAGCAGUACAGAAAAGAGAGAAACGAGGAGGAAAAAAUUGAGAAGAAAGAGAAAAGGAAUGAGGAGUCACCAAAAACCCCAAUUCCUCCAAAAAAGAAGCAACCUUUUGAUAUAACUCCUCCAAGUUUCAAGUUAUUGACCCCCUCACCAGCAGUUGUUAUUUCUAAUGUUCUAAAUUUUUUCCAACUAUUUCUAUGUUGUGUCCUUAUUGUUUCUACUUAUGGUUUGAUGUCCCAGAAAAUCAAGAAGAUAAUGAAGCAGAACUCACUUACGAAGAAGUGA